GGACGAUUUUGAUUGGCUGAGGAUUAUGAGGCGGAGCGAAGACCUGCUUUCAUCAAACGACGCAGAGUUUGUGUAGACUUUGUCAAAUUCAGCUCUGAGAAAGAUGGAGCUCUAUGUAUUCAUGUGCAUGCUUGCGGCACUUGUUUCUUCAGAGAACAAAGUUGUUCAUAAGGAGUUUUAUUUGAGCGGAUGCUCUGAUACAGAGAAAGAAGAUCUGUUUGGAAUGGAUGGAGAGGAACUGUGGCAUGCAGACUUCAUUAAAGGAGAAGGAGUAGUUACUCAGCCUGACUUUUCAGAUCUCGGCUAUGAGGGUUUUUAUCAGCAAGCUCUUGCUCAAAUACAAGUCUGCAAACAAAACUUAGCCGUAGCCACCAAAGCUUAUAAAAAUCCUGAAGAGAAAAUGGACAAACCUCAGACUUCCAUCUAUGCUGAGGAUGAUGUGCAGCUGAAUGUUGAAAACACCCUCAUCUGUCACGUGACUGGAUUCUUCCCUCCUCCUGUCACAGUCUCAUGGACUAAAAACAACGAGGCUUUCAGAGAAGACAGUCUAAGUCAGUAUCGGCCAAAUGAUGACGGCACUUACAACAUCUUCUCCAGUCUGUCGUUCACACCUGAAGAAGGAGACAUUUACAGCUGCUCUGUGAAGCAUGUCUCUCUCGAUCAACCUCAGACUGAAACAUGGGAAGUGGACGUAGCUGUGCCCGGCGUUGGUCCAGCUGUGUUUUGUGGAGUGGGUCUGUCUCUGGGGCUCCUGGGAGUCGCUGCUGGAACUUUCUUCCUCAUUAAAGGAAACAACUGCAACUGACAUCCAGAUACCCAAGCAAACUUUAAAGGAAACUGUAUAUAGUGUGUAACAGGUCCUGCGAAUAAUGCCAGUUUCAUCAUUCUGUCACUUAUCAUGUUGGUGACAGAAAACAUCUUACAUGUUAUAUAGAAAUAGAUUCAAAGACACAUAAAUCUCUAUGUAAUCUUUAAUACUGCCUGAUAGUUAAUAAUGCACCAAUCAGGCAACAUCUUGGUUUGAAAUGUAACACAGUAUACACUUACAUACAGAUGUCUAAAUUGCUUAAAAUGGUAGAUGACGUUUUGUUAAUACGUCACAUUUUCAGCUAAUCCAGAGUGAUACUGGACCUGAAAAUUCAAUUAGUUAAUCAGUUAGUUACUCAUUGGUUGAGCUCUUACUGUCUUGAUAAAUUCAUGUAUUUUCAACAAACACCAUGGCAUUCUUAAAAAUUGCGGUGCUGUGUGCUUUGAAAAUAAGAUUUGUUUUAAAAUGUUGAUAUAUUCUGUCGUUACAAUCAAAUAGAAGUUAACGGUUUUACAAGAUUUUCUGACACACACUUCAAAUAAAGAUUCUCUAUUUUGAUUUCA